AUGCGAAACGUACUUGAAAAAUGGGUUCUUUGGAGGAUCGUGCUUGCUGCUUUUGAAGAAGAGUUUUCGUGUUUGCAGACUGAAGGAAUUCCAAAAACAUCCACGCUCGUUUUCUGUCACAAAUGUGUAGACGUUUUUGAGACCAAACACAAGUGCCCUGCAGAGGUCGUCACCAGGGCACAACUUCGCCUUCCCUCACGACUUUUAGCUGCAAAAGAGUCUCAGAGUGGAGAAGCACAAUUUUUCUUCUCCGACGAAUCGAUUGACAUUCUUCAUGGAGCAGUUGAGCGAUCAGGUGUCGAUGGUGUUCUUUGUCUUGGUGUCCCUAGACUUUUCGAAGCGCUCAGGAAGAACAAAAAUGAAACUCGUCAUCUAUUUCUCCUUGACUACGAUGAAAGAUAUGGACAGUUUUUUUCCCAGCAACUCAAGUACGCUCAGUACAGCAUGCUUGUCGACCACUUCUAUGAUGGUAAAGCCUCCGGAAAAAUUCGAGACUUUUUUCGCGGUAAGUGCUCUAAAAUUUUACUGAUAUGUGAUCCACCAUUUGGAGUAUUCUUGGAGCCACUCAUGCAUACUAUAGAAUCUCUCCAACAGCGCUACAAGGAAGCACGCGGUGAGAAAUCGGCGGAGUUUUUACGGGUGCAUUGUGAUUCCGAUGUUCGUUGCAAGUACAUUUUACGAAGCAAUAAGGACUACUGGAUGAGUGACUAUAGA